UCCUUUCUUUGUCACCUUUUGUUACAUCCAAUGGAUUCAUGCAAUGCAAUAUUCAACGGGAUUAAUUUGUUUAUCAUAUCUCUCAUAGCUAGUUUAUAUAUAUUACUAUACUAUAUAGUAAAAAUAAUCUCAUGUCUCAACAAACAACCAUGCGGAAAAGGGAGAUGACAGUGAAAGAGAGAUGUAUUUUGGUUGGAAUUAGAAUUGAUAGACAUAGCAGACAUGUUCUGAAUUGGGCUAUAGUCAAAGUUGCUCAACCUGGUGAUUCUGUUAUUGCCAUCCAUGUUGUUACAACUCCAGAUCAUGUUUCUGAAAGCAAGGCCUUGGUAGAUGAUUAUUUAGAGGUUUAUGAAGGGUUAUGCGAUGCGAAAAAGGUUGGUCUCUCUGUUCAUAUCUUCACAGGAAGAUCUAUUCGAAAAAUUCUCCUCAGAGAAGCAAAAAACAGUGCUGCCAUUGCUCUAGUGGUAGGGGGUGGAGCUUCAACAGCUAAAUAUUGCGCAAAAGGACUACCAAGCAGCACCGAUGUUAUCGGUAUCCAGGAUGCAAGAAUUGUGUUCCAAAGGUGCACCGAUAAUAAACAACUAAUAGGUGGUGUUAUAGAUGAUCCAAGACCAAGUCUUAUUAGCAAGGUGGUCCAGUCUGCAUUUGAAGACAACUUGGGGAAUAAGAAAUCAAAGAGCCAACAAGAUAAUACAGAAUUGGAGGAACAAUCAUUUAAAGAAGAGAUGAAUGUGUCAUCAAGAUUAUCAACUUCGCAGAAACUUGGAUGGCCGCUUUUGCGCAGGGCGCAUACAGAAAUGUCGAGGGACAUGUCUGUAGUGCAAUGGGCAAUGAACUUACCAGAUCGGUCAACACACAUUUCAUCUCAAAUUAAAGAUCAGAGCUAUAGAAAAAUUAAUAGUUUCAAUAGCUGCAAGUGGUUCAUCUUUGAGGUUCUUGAUUCUUGCACUUGUCAAUUCUCUGAAGAAAAUGUGAUUGGGAUUGGAGGGAGCAAUCGUGUGUACAGAGGAACCCUUCCCGAUGGAAAGCCGGUAGCAGUCAAAGUUAUGCAGUCGUCAAAACAAGCCUUCAAAGAUUUUGCACUUGAAGUGGAAAUAAUGUCCUCAUUGAACCAUACAUCCAUUGCCCCUCUACUAGGAAUUUGCAUCAAGGAUGAGACUUUGAUAUCUGUUUAUGAUUAUUUUCCGCAAGGAACCUUAGACCAAAAUCUACGCGGUAAGAACAAGGAUGGAUCUAUGUUGUCAUGGGAAGACAGAUUUAAGAUAGCAGUUGGGAUUGGUGAAGCACUGAAUUACCUGCACAAUAAUCAAACCUCCAAGCCAAUUAUACAUAGAGAUGUCAAGUCUUCAAACAUUCUUCUUUCCCACGGGUUUGAGCCACAUUUAUCUGAUUUUGGACUUGCCAUGUGGGGACCAACAAGUUCAUCUUUUGUGAUACAAGAUGAUGUGGUAGGAACCUUUGGUUAUCUUGCACCAGAAUAUUUCAUGUAUGGAAAGGUCAGUGACAAAAUAGAUGUCUAUGCCUUUGGUGUUGUCCUACUUGAACUUAUAUCAGGGAGGGAACCAAUUGACUCCAAAACUUGCAAAGAACAUGAGAGUUUGGUCACAUGGGCAAAACCAAUUUUGGAGAGUGGAGAUGUUAAAAGCUUAUUGGAUCCAAAGUUGGAAGGGAAAUUUGAUAUAGCCCAAAUGAACAAAUUGGUUCUGGCAGCAUCUUUAUGCAUUACACAGUCUGCACGCCUUCGUCCUACAAUGAAUCAGGUACUGAAAAUCUUAAAAGGAUGUGAGGAGAAAGUCGAAAACUUAUUUAAGCCUCAUAAGGGUGAUUGUGAUCAUUCAGAAAAUCAGGAAAAUAUUGAUGACGAAGUCUAUCCAAAUUCAAGCGCAGAUUUGCACUUGAGCCUUGCAUUACUUGAUGUUGACAAUGAUACUGCAUCAUAUAGUAGUAGUAGUAUAGGGAACAGCAAUAAUAGUGAAAGUUUGAAAGAACCAUGGAGCAGAUCAUCUAGUUUCAAUUAAUUAGCUCCUUCCAAUUUUAUGAAGCUUAUAUUAGUGAUUAGUAGUGUGUAUACUAUGGAUAUAGUAUUAAAUAAAAGAUCUAUCCCCUGCCAUAACCUGUUAAGAAUGUUUGGAAGAUUUAGAGACAUGGUUUCCAUUUCAAGUUUCGUCUCAAUAAUAAAUAUACUAAUAAAGGAUUUUACCGUUUUUAUGGAGUUGGAUGAACCGAUAAUUCAAAGCGUGUAACCUUGAAAUGAAGUCCUCGUGGCCUGGAUCAGUCAGUAACCUUGGCGGCUGAUCAAAAUAAUUAGGGAAAUGGAUUCUCAGUAAUUACUUUAUGCAGUUACCAACCUCAAUAGCAAAACUUUUAUAAUAA